AUCUCCUUCCCUCUGCUCUGCUCCCACUUCAGCAAAUGCACACACAACAUGUGCCCUGAAGAGCUCCCUCUCCUGGAGAAGAAGAGCCUUCAUUUCUGCAUCAGCUUCCUGGAGGAGAUCGCCAGGCAGACCACCACCAUCGCCAUGGAUAUCUGUGCAGAGCAGCGGAACCUCAGUGACAAGCUGCUGCCUAAGCACUGUGCCCAGACCAUCAGCAAGGCUCGGAACAAGCAGCAGAAGAAACAGGCAGCCAAGAGGGGCGAGCUGCAGCACGAGAAGCCCGGGGCGGAGAGUGAGAGGAAGGACAGAGCCGUCGUCACCAACAUGGAUAAGCUGCACCUGGCCCUGACAGAGCUGUGCUUCACGUUUAACUACUCUUCUCAUUUCACUGUGUGGGAGCACGUCGUAAUCCCUGCAGAGUUCCUGCUCACACAACUGGAAACUCGACUCUCCAAGACCAUCGUGGGCAUGGUGAACUACAACCAGACCACGCAGGAGAUCAGCCGCCCCUCUGAGCUGCUGGCGAGCAUCCGCGCCUACGUGGAGUCUCUGCACACACUCUCCAGCUACAUCAACAUAGACGUGACACGCCUGGUCAAAAACGUGUUGCUGCAGCAGACCCAGCCACUGGACAGUCUGGGGGAACAGACCAUCACCACCCUCUACACAAACUGGUACCUGGAGGGGCUGCUGAGGCAGGCAAGCAACGGCACGAUCACCCACUCCCCCACCAUGAGAGCGUUCAUGAGCCAGCCGAGCGAGAACGAGCAGAGCUUCAGCGCACAGGAGUACUCCGACAUCUGUGAACUGCAGGCUCUGUCAGAACUGAUAGGUCCCUAUGGGAUGAAGUUUCUGGGUGAAAAUCUCAUGUGGCACAUCACCUCCCAAGUCAGUGAGCUCAAGAAACUCAUAAUCGAGAACAUGGACGUUUUAGUGCAGAUGAGAUCCAAAUUCGACAGACCAGAGGAGAUGGUUGCCCUUCGUAAGAGACUGCCCGCUUGUGAGAACGUUCUGAAGAGGAUGACCAUCAUCGGGGUCAUCCUUUCCUUCCGCGCAAUGACCCAGGACACACUCCGAGACGUGUUACACAAACACUGCCCCUACCUCGCGGGACCCAUCGAGUGCCUGCGGGAUUUCAUCACACCAGACACGGACAUCAAGGUGACUCUGAGCGUGUUUGAGCUAGCCUCUGCGGCCGGCAUCCCAUGUGAAAUCGACCCUGCACUGGUGUCAGCGCUCAACAACAUGCGCACACAGAACUCCUCGGCGGACGAGGAAUACAAGCUGGCCUGCCUGCUGCUGGUGUACAUCGCCGUGUCCCUGCCCGUCCUGGCAUUCGAUCCCGGCUCCGUCUACAGCCGGCAGUUUGGAGGACACACCAACAACAUCCACUGCAUAGCUGUGGCCGUCAACCAGCUGGCUGCAGCAAUGCUCACCACCCUGAACAAGAACAUCGAGGAGCAACUCAAAGAGUUCCUUCUGAUUGCCUCAUCCACUCUGCUGCAGCUUGGCCAGAACGUGGAGGGACUUGAGAGCAAAAACAGAGACUCCAUUUACCUGCUGCUGCACCUGAUUGUGGAGGAGUCCCCCUUCCUCACUCAGGACAUGCUGGAGAGCUGCUUUCCCUACGUGCUGCUGCGCAACUCGUACCGAGACGUUUACCAGGCCUUCCCGAUCACGCUGGGGUGAAGACAGCGCCCACAGUCUCUAGAGGCCCUGGUCAGGACAGAAGCUUCCUGCUACCAGCCCUGACCCCAGUGAGCAGACUGCCCUGCGAGCUCAGUGCGCCCUGCCUGAGCCUGGGGUCUCUGCUCCAAUUGAGCUCAGGUGUAACUCAUUCAAUGUAGAGUAAAACCUGCCAAUGUUUAAACUGCUUUGCAAUGAGGGUUUAGCGUCCCGAGCUCACUGAAGCUUGUUUAAUGUUAGGAAUCUUUCAAAGAAAUCCCAGGGUACCUACCAUGUGCGGCCACUUGGUGGCACUGCAGUGUGUAAUAAUCCCAUCGGAAUCCAAAGUAAACAAUAACACUUUGAAGGAUAGUGGAUUUUAGCAGCAAUAUAUAAAUGUUAUAUGCAUAUAUAGUACUCUCACAGGUCUAAUUGUAGCUUAUAAACUGCCAAUCUCUUUGCUCAAUGCUAACAAUUAAAAUAAUAAUAAUAAUAAUAAUAAUAAUAAUAAUUAAUAAAAAUACAUCAGCAGUUAAGAUACAGCUGGCCUGAAAGCAUGCACUGUAAUAUAUUCUAAAGAUGUUUAAUCAAUAAUAAACUGGUGUUAUUAA